AUGCUAAGUCUAUUUAUUCUACUGCACUUGGGUGUUCGCAUCGCACAUGGCUAUCCUAGCCCUGCACACCAGCAAAGUGCCAGAACCGCACCGUCGCUAUUCCUCAAGACUCUCAGUGAAAGCAAUGAAACCGUUUUUACUCCUUAUAAAUCCCUUGAUUAUGGACGGUGGAAACCUGACAGCACUGUCUAUAACGGUGUUUCUAUGGUUGAGAAGCAUGCCGUUGUUGAUGGCAAAAACUUGACAUACCAGGACUUUGAUAUACCUGCACUCACAACAGAGCAGAUUAGGAAGUAUCUGAUGUCGACUCCAGAGUUUUUCAAUAGCGAUGGGAAACUAUCUUACACGCUUGAAGACGUUGAGAAAUACAGGCAUUCCCUAAUGUCAGCGGACCAUAAUAUGACUAUUGCUGUACCCAGUCGUUAUGCCAAAAGAAUCUUACCCCACACCACGGAUGUUGAGUUUGGGGAAAGGAUGGACGGGCGCACUAACAAAGUUUCUAAGCACCUUCGGGCUAUCAACUUCUCACAAUGCAAACACCGUCACAACCACUAUUUCCUAUUCCGGCACUUGUGGGCCACAAAUGUCUGCUUUCUCUGGGAGAGACCCCAUUUUACCGUUGACAAAGGAGUCAUUAUUACUCAGGAGUUUGAUAUCGCCACCAAUAAGGCUUGCGGCUCUCCAACUGUGACGCCGUUUGAGGCCCAUAUAAUGCAUCAGGAUAGCGAUGCUGGAGGCGCUGGUAUGUACCUCUCCAUCUCAUCAGUUCCUAUGUUCUAUUUCACCUGCUUUGUCUUCCCUGCUCUGCUACAUCAUUAA